UCGCUUCAGUAUUCAUCGGCGAAGCCUACUUUUAUGUUCUGCAGAAAAAAGGUGGUGUUUACACAAUCGAAGAGCGACUUGAAGAUAAUAUGGAUCCCAAAAAGAGGCCAUUCUGCAAUGCUUUUACUGGUUGCGGCAGGAAGAGAUCUAAUCUUCCAGCACUCACUAGCGAUGGUGAAGAGAUUGAUGACUCUAUCAGCGCUCUUCUGGAGCUAAACGCAGAGCCUGCUGUUGAGAAUUUGUCUAGGCAAAUAAUGUCUGAAGCAAAGCUAUGGGAGGCCAUUCAGGAGGCGAACAUGGAGCUGAAUAGACAUCGUCAAAAAACCAAGGAAAAUAUCAGUCAGAAGAAUAAGAUUCAAGUUGCGGGUACUUGCGCACUACCACCAUGUUAUACCAUCUGAAGAAAAUUGACGAAAUGUCAAUAGUAUAUUAAUUAUUUUUGAGAUUUCGAUUUGGUUUAUACUAUAAUAGUGAUUUCUGUUGUUUUGAUUAUA